GUUUCUCGAUCAAGCUAAACCCUAAUCUAGCUCCAAUUUUCCCCUUUUCUCCGUUGUUUUCCUAUUAUCAAGCCCUAAUCGUUGUAGCAACCUUGACUCCGUCAAACGCGAAAUCUCCUUGAUUGGCUCUGAAUUUGAGGACACUUGAUGGAUAAUAACAAUUGGAGGCCUUCUCUUCCAAACGGAGAACCUGCCAUGGACUCAGGUGACUGGAGAACUCAAUUGCCUCCUGAUUCACGUCAGAAGAUCGUCAACAAGAUAAUGGAAACACUGAAGAAGCACCUUCCAUUUUCUGGACCUGAGGGAAUUAACGAGCUCAGGAGAAUUGCAGCCAGAUUCGAGGAGAAAAUUUUCAGCGGUGCUGUUAACCAGACUGAUUACCUUCGGAAAAUAUCAAUGAAGAUGCUGACAAUGGAGACUAAAUCACAAAAUGCAGCUGGUUCUUCCGCAUCUAUCCCUGCUGCUAAUAAUGGCACAUCCAUAGAUUCGAUACCCACCAAUCAAGGUCAUCUUCUUCCAGGAUCGUUACCAACCAAUCAAUCUCAAGCACCUCAGCCGUUACUGUCCCAAACCAUGCAGAAUAAUAGUGCCUCUGGAAUGACGGGUUCUACUGCUUUACCAUCUUCCAUGCCGCCGGUUUCUUCCAUAGCCAAUAAUAACGUCACAAGUGUUGUAAACCAGAAUGCCAAUAUGCAAAAUGUAGCUGGAAUGUUGCAAGAUUCAUCUGGGCAGCAUGGCCUUUCCUCGAAUAUGUUUUCUGGAUCCCAAAGGCAGAUGCUGGGCAGGCCACAUGCUAUGUCUUCACAGCAACAACAGCAGCCAUAUCUUUAUCAGCAGCAGCUACAUCAGCAACUUCUCAAGCAGAACUUCCAGUCAGGGAAUGUUCCCAAUCCCAAUUCGCUUUUGCCAUCACACAUUCAACAACAGCAACAAAAUGUGCUGCAGCCUAAUCAACUGCAUUCUUCUCAACAACCAGGUGUUCCAACAUCUGCUACGCAGCCCUCCACUGUGAACUCAGCUCCUCUCCAGGGUCUCCACACAAAUCAGCAAUCAAGUCCGCAAUUGUCUUCUCAGCAGACGACACAAUCUAUGCUUCGUCAGCAUCAAUCGUCGAUGCUAAGGCAACAUCCGCAAUCACAACAAGCCUCUGGCAUCCAUCAGCAGCAAACUUCAUUGCCGCAGCAAUCAAUUUCUCCUCUACAACAGCAGCAAACACAAAUAAUGCGGCAACAAGCUGCAAAUAGCUCAGGCAUCCAACAGAAGCAGAUGAUGGGGCAGCAUGUUGUUGGGGAUAUGCAGCAGCAACAUCAGCAAAGGUUACUGAACCAACAAAAUAAUAUUAUGAACAUACAACAGCAGCAGUCGCAGCAGCAGCCACAACAACAGCAGAAACAGCAGCCACCGGCCCAGCAGCAGUUGAUGUCUCAACAAAACAGCCUCCAGGCCACGCAUCAGCAACCACUGGGCACUCAAAGCAAUGUUGCAGGAUUGCAGCAACCACAACAACAGAUGCUCAAUUCCCAGGUUGGCAAUUCGAGUUUGCAGAAUAACCAGCACUCGGUGCAUAUGUUAUCACAGCCAACGGUUGGGCUGCAAAGAACACAUCAGGCUGGCCAUGGCUUGUUUUCUUCUCAGGGCCAACAGUCACAAAAUCAGCCAUCCCAACAGCAGAUGAUGCCACAGCUUCAAUCGCAUCAUCAGCAGCUAGGUUUGCAACAACAACCUAAUCUGCUACAACAGGAUGUGCAACAAAGGCUACAAGCUUCAGGCCAAGUCACAGGUUCCCUGCUUCCACCUCAAAAUGUUGUGGACCAACAGAGACAACUAUAUCAAUCCCAAAGAACCCUUCCGGAGAUGCCAUCAUCAUCGCUGGAUUCGACGGCACAGACGGAAAGUGCAAAUGGAGCUGAUUGGCAAGAGGAGGUUUAUCAAAAGAUCAAAUCUAUGAAAGAGACGUAUUUACCAGAUCUGAAUGAAAUCUACCAGAGAGUUGCAGCUAAGUUGCAGCAAGAUUCUGUUCCUCAGCAACAAAGAUCAGAUCAGUUUGAGAAAUUGAAACAAUUCAAAACAAUGUUGGAGCGAAUGAUUCAAUUUCUAUCUGUUUCAAAGAGCAAUAUCAUGCCCGCAUUAAAGGAUAAGGUGGCUUAUUAUGAGAAGCAGAUUAUAGGUUUCUUAAAUAUGCACAGGCCGAGGAAGCCAGUACAGCAAGGGCAGCUUCCGCAAUCUCAGAUGCAGCCUAUGCAGCAACCGCAAUCUCAGACAGUUCAAGAUCAGUCUCAUGAUAACCAAACUAAUCAGCAGAUGCAAUCAAUGAGCAUGCAGGGUGCUGGGCCAAGGGCACAACAGAGUAGUCUGCCAAAUAUGCAGAACAAUGUUCUAUCAUCUCGUCCUGGAGUUUCAGCUCAGCAGAACAUUCCCAGUUCCAUACCGGCUUCUAGUUUAGAAUCAGGCCAAGGAAAUGCCUUGAAUAAUGGCCAGCAGGUUGCCAUGGGAUCCAUGCAACAAAAUACUUCUCAACAAGUUAAUAACAGUUCUGCCUCUGCUCAAAGUGGGUUAAGCACACUGCAGUCUAAUGUAAAUCAACCCCAGUUGAAUUCCAGUUUGCUUCAGCAUCAGCACCUCAAGCAACAGCAAGAUCAACAAAUGACGCAGCAGCUCAAACAGCAAUUUCAACAGCGCCAGAUGCAACAGCAACAGUUGCAAGCAAGACAUCAACAGCAACAGCAACAGUUGCAAGCAAGACAGCAAGUGGCACAAUUACAGCAGAUGAAUGAUAUGAAUGAUUUAACAUCAAGGCAGGGGAUGAAUGUCAGUCGUGGGAUGUUCCAACAACAUUCUCUGCAGGGCCAGCGUGCUACUUAUCCUCUUCAACAGUUAAAACCAGGAGCUGUUUCGUCGCCUCAACUUCUGCAAGGUGCAUCUCCUCAGAUGUCACAACAACAUUUGUCUCCUCAGGUUGACCAGAAAAAUCUGUCAACUGUCAACAAGAUGGGAACUCCAUUGCAACCUGCAAAUUCCCCUUUUGUUGUCCCAUCUCCUUCAACCCCCUUGGCUCCAUCCCCUAUGCAAGUUGACUCUGAGAAACCUGGUGCUUCUUCGUUGUCAAUGGGAAAUAUUGCACGCCAACAAGCAACUGGCAUGCAAGGUGUAGUUCAGUCCCUAGCAAUUGGCACUCCAGGGAUCUCUGCCUCUCCUCUCCUUCAGGAGUUUACUAGUCCUGAUGGAAAUAUUUUAAAUCCUUUGGCAAUUACAUCUGGAAAACCGAGUGCUACUGAGCUGCCUAUUGAACGCCUUAUUAGAGCCGCGAAGUCCAUCUCACCACAAGCGCUUUCUUCUGCAGUAAGUGACAUCGGAUCUGUUGUAAGCAUGGUUGAUAGGAUAGCUGGUUCAGCACCAGGAAACGGUUCAAGAGCUUCAGUUGGUGAGGACUUGGUUGCAAUGACUAAGUGUCGUCUCCAAGCAAGAAACUUCAUGACGCAAGAGGGAAUGAUGGCGACCAAGAAAAUGAAGCGUCACACAACCGCAAUGCCACUAAGUGUUGCUUCGCUGGGAGGAAGCGUUGGUGAUAACUACAAGCAGUUUGCUGGUUCAGAAACAUCAGAUCUAGAAUCUACUGCGACUUCUGAUGGCAAGAAGGCAAGAACUGAGAGCGAGCAUGCCCUUUUGGAGGAAAUAAAGGAAAUAAACCAGCGGCUGAUAGAUACAGUUGUUGAGAUAAGUGAUGAUGAAGAUGCUGCUGAUCGUAGUGAGGGAGCAAUAUCAAGCAUAGGGUGUGAAGGAACAACAGUUAGAUUCUCGUUUAUAGCUGUUUCUCUCAGCCCAGCCUUGAAGGCUCAUCUUUCAUCAACACAAAUGUCUCCUAUUCAACCAUUGCGUCUGCUGGUUCCUUGUAACUACCCCAAUGGCUCUCCUUCUCUUCUGGAUAAACUCCCGGUCGAAACCAGCAAAGAAAAUGAGGACCUCUCGUCCAAAGCUAUGGCAAGGUUCAACAUAUUGCUAAGAAGUUUGUCGCAGCCAAUGUCGCUCAAAGACAUAGCCAAGACAUGGGACGCCUGUGCUCGGGCUGUGAUCUGAGCAGAUGGAAUAUCGAUUGCCGCGACCUCAAGUAGGCUUAGCGUCCUCCAGAUAUAUGAGUCAAACAUAAAGGAGAUAAAGAUUGAUCAGAAAGUCGAUAAUGCAAGCAAGAAUAGUCCAAAAAGUCUGAGUAAUACCUGGAACUUCAGUUACCUCGUCAAUGUGGAGAUAAGCGAAUGCCAGGCAUAUGACAAAACGCCCUUUCUGAAGUUGAGACACCUCGAGUUAGAAAACCUGGAAGAACUGGAUAGCAUCUACUGGAGUGCUUUGUCUUUUCCUUGUCUAAUGAAAAUCGAUGUAUUCGGCUGUCCGAAUCUCUGGAAACUUCCUCUCAGUUCCUUCAGUGCAAGCGGCAGUAACCUUGUCAUUUAUGGAGAGGAAGAGUGGAUCCAGAAUCUUCAAUGGGACGAGGAAGAUACUAAGGAGCAGUUCACCCUGAAAAUUAUAAAGAGCGAGGUACCUAUGGAGAAUUCACAAAGCCAGUCAGAGUUAGAGUUGAGGAAGAGAGUAGCGGAUCUUGAGGAAGAGAACCGAUCAGUCAAACAACGUCUUGAGAGUAUAGAGAUGUUAUUAUGGCAGCAACGGCAAGAGCAUCAGCUAUUUAUGCCUCCACAAAGCAGCAUUCAGACAGUGGUGCAUCAGCAACAGACGGGAUCUCAAAGUAAUGUUCCGGGAAUACAGCUGUUACAACAGCAACCUAAUCUGAUACAAAAGGAUGUGCAACAUAGGCUUCAAGCUUCAGGCAUGCUUCCACCUCAAAAUGUAAUUCACCAACAGAGGCAAUCCAAUCCAGAGAUGCCAUCAACAUCAUCACUGGGUUCAUGGGGGAAUGCGAAUGGAGAUGAUUGGCAAGAGAAGGCUUUCCAAAAGAUCACAUCCAUGAAAGAGAUGUACUUACCAGAUAUGACUGAACUUCACCAGAAAGUUUCAGCCAAGUUGCAGAACGAAUUUAUUCCACAGCAAGAAAGAUCAGAUAAGUUUGAGAAAUUGGAAAAACUCAAGACAAUGUCGGAGCGAAUCAUAAAUUUCCUAUCUGUUCCAAAGGGCGAUAUCACGCCUGCAUUAAAGGAUAAGGAUUCAUCUGAGCAUGUCCAUUUCGUUUUCACUCAAGCCAUGGCCUGUUUAGCUGCUGUCAUUGUUUUAACCAUCACCGUGGUUGGCAAUUUGAUCCCAGUAAGCAGUAGCAUUACAUAUACACUGGUUGGUUUAGUGAUUGUUCUUCUGGUGUUUCCUCUUGCAAUUCCUGUCAAGAUGACAUUUUUCCGGAAAAAGUCCGUGAGGAAACCGAACCCUCUUCCCGAAUCUGUGGAAGGUUUAGAUCAGGAAGGAGGAGAGAGUAAUCCAACCAACCCGUUGCUGAGACCCUCUUCAUCUCUUGGAAGUUUCAUUGAGAUGGAGGAUGAUGAUGCUUCAGAUAUACAGACCCUCUUAGCUGAGGGAGGAGGAGCAGUUGAGAAGAAGAGAGGACCGAGGAGAGGAGAGGAUUUUAGAAUGAGAGAAGCUUUGGUCAAGGCUGAUUUCUGGCUUCUAUGGUUUCUUUACUUCCUCGGUGUUGGCUCUGGUGUCACAGUUUUAAACAACUUGGCUCAGGUUGGGAUUGCAGUUGGCAUUGAUAACACAACAGUCCUCUUAUGCCUCUUUAGUUUCUUCAACUUUGUUGGCCGGCUUAGCUCAGGAGCUAUCUCAGAGCACUUUGUCAAGUCAAGAGCAAUGCCGAGAACCGUGUGGAUGAUAUUAGCACAGUUUCUCAUGGUACUUGCUUUCAUUCUCUACGCUCUCUCUUCAACCGCCACUCUCUAUCCGGCAACCGCGCUUCUAGGCACAUGCUACGGGUUGCAGUACGCACUCAUGGUUCCUACAGCAUCUGAGCUCUUUGGACUCGAGCAUUUUGGCAUCAUCUACAGUUUCAUGAUUCUAGGAAACCCAAUUGGUGCAGUUCUCUUCUCCGGUUUACUAGCUGGUCGUUUGUAUGAUGCUGAGGCUAUUAAACAAGGAAGCUCGACUUGUUACGGACCGGAGUGUUUCAAGCUGACUUUCGUGAUCCUAUCUUGCGUCUGUGGGGUUGCAGCGAUUCUCGGUGUGAUUCUAACUGUUAGGAUAUGACCGGUUUAUCAAUCUCUAUACGGCUCAAGAUUUUACCGGCUACCUCAAGAGUAAGUAAGAUCACUGAGGCAGGCUUAAUGUCAUGGUUAUGUGUGUAAACAGAGCUUUUUAUUGAGAAAAGAGUAAAAGUGAUAAACUUUU